GGCCGAAUCUGCUCCACUACAAGACCAUCCAAGAGAUCGAGCUGCAGCGAGAGAUCGAGGAGACUGCCAAACAGAUCUCCUCGCAGCUGGUUCGUAGCAAGGGUGGCCUUUCAGAGCAGUGCCAGGCUCUUGUGAACGCUUCCACCAAGCGGCUCAGUGAUGGCGAGAGCGGUGACGUGGUUGAUGGCGAAUUCCGGUCUUCUCUUCAAGCUAUCCUGGAGAGCUUCGACAAGAAGGCGAAGGCUGAACUGGAGAAAGCAAUGCAAAGCCGAAGGUCCAAACUUCCGGAGGCGCAGAAGGAGGAAGCAAGGCGGAAGCUCACAACACCAAUCGAAUAUCAGGGCGAGCUGGCUCGAUACACUUGGUCGCUUUGCCUUGCGGACGCGACGGAUCGGGACCAGCUCAGGGCGCUGAAGGUGCACUUCAAGUCCACCAUCGAGCACCUCUGGGAGGCCGAAGCUUCGCAAAGCAUUGCUGAAGAGCAGGCACGCCAGAUGUUCGAGCGUGAGUGGGCCUCCUUUGAGGAAGACUGCCAAGGCCGCCUGUCGCGUACAAGGCGAUCCAAGAAACAGCUGUCUGAAGAGGUCUGUAUGGUCUUCAAUCACGUCCUGCGACAGCAUCGCUACGGAGACCAGUCACUUCACGUCCUCGAGCUUGUACCGGCAGCUGUCCUCUUGAAUUCACCGCCCUUCGACUGGUCGCCAGA